AUGGGAAGCAAAAAAAUAAGUUCUCGCGAUAAUUCUAGCAGAUUGAGUGAGUGCCGACGCUGCAAAAUUUUAACGGAUUCUUUCAAUUACUGGCUGGAUAAAACUUCUAGAGGAAAAUAUGAAGGUGGCGAUGCGGCUUGGGAGGAAACAAAAUUGAAAUCCUACUCUCGAAGUGAAGUUCGGUUAGUCGAAAUACAAGAAGGUUUGUGUUCAGACCUAAAAACCCAUCAAGAUCAGUGUUACACUAUAGCAGAAGAAACUGAACAAAUUCUUGAAAAGUGGUGGUUCCAUGAAGAUCCAACCUCCACUGACUUGUAUACAUGGCUAUGCAUAGAAAAUCUUCAACAUUGUUGUCCAAUAAGCCAUUUUGGUGAUGCCUGUACGCCUUGUCUAAAAGACAUGGAUAAUAAAGUUUGUAGUGGACAUGGGAGGUGUGAUGGUGAUGGUACUAGGAAGGGCAAUGGAACAUGUGUAUGUAAGAGAGGUUACACUGGUACAUUGUGUAACGAAUGUACUAAAAACUUUUACUCAACAGAUUCUGGGCUGUGUGAAUCAUGUCAUGAAUCCUGUAAUGGGUGCAGUGGUGAUGGGGCAGAUUCUUGUCAAGAAUGCAACUCAGGUUGGCAACUAGAAUCUGGAGUGUGUAUAGAUAUCAAUGAAUGCAGUCAAUCUGUAUGCAAGACUAACGAAUAUUGCACAAACACUGAAGGAUCUUAUAGAUGUAAGGAAUGUGAUUUAUCCUGUAAAACUUGCACAGGUGAAGGCUCUUCGAACUGUAUAUCAUGUGACCAUAAGUAUGCUCUAUGGUUUGGCUCAUGUAUUGAAAAUGAAUUGAAACAAAAUAUUAUAACAAGUACAUUUAAAAGAUUGUCAUUGUAUGUUGGUUUGCUAGUUAUAGCACUAUUUAUAGUCCGUGUUUCCAAAUCAUUAGCAUCAAUAGUAGUAUUAAUUAUAGCUGUAUAUGUUUACUUUUCUGAGAAACAACUGCAAUUUUCUACCAAAGAUAUUCUUUUACAUCAAUUGCAAAAUUUCUAUUAA